AUGCGUUUCCUGUCUGUCCUAGCAUCGGCCAGUGCGCUUGUCGCCAGUGCCUUUGCGGCCGAGCAAUCUAGCGAGGAGCGAUUCGUCAAGUUCAACCGUCUGGCUCGUCACUCGACACCCCUCUAUCUCAACGAUGUUUCGUACAAAUCAUUGACCAGCACGCCUCGAGACUAUUCCGUCGCCAUUGUCCUGACUGCCCAGGAUGCACGAUUUGGAUGCCAGCUGUGUCGGGAUUUCAAGCCGGAGUGGGAUUUGGUUGCGCAGAGUUGGGCUCGAGGUGACAAGCGUCAAGAAUCUAGGCUAUUCUUUGCAGUUUUGGACUUUACUGAGGGCAGAGACACCUUCAUGUCGCUCGGUCUUCAAACAGCUCCCGUCUUGAUGCUGUUCCCUCCUACCACUGGACCUCAUGCCGUUGCCUCUGUUGAACCCAUUCGAUAUGACUUCACUACAGGACCUCCUACCGCCGAGCAGGUCCGAAACUGGCUCGCCAGGCACCUACCUGACCGUCCUCACCCCGAGAUCAAGCGCCCUAUCAACUGGUUGAAAUGGGCAUCUCUCUUCACCUUCGUUGCGGGCGCCGUUACUGCACUGGUCUCGGCUUCGCCAUACAUUCUGCCAAUUAUCCAGAGCCGAAAUCUCUGGGCUGCCGGCAGCAUGAUCGCCAUCCUUCUCUUCAUCAGCGGCCACAUGUUCAAUCACAUUCGAAAGGUCCCCUACGUUGCUGGAGACGGAAAGGGAGGCAUCACUUACUUCACCUCGGGUUUCCAAAACCAGCUUGGGCUUGAAGUCCAGAUUGUAGCUGCAUUGUACGGUGUCCUGAGCUUCUGCACCAUUGCCCUUGCCACCAAGGUUCCGCGAAUGACCAGCCCCAAGUCACAGUCUGUUGCGGUCUUGGUCUGGGGAGCUGCCAUGUUCUUCAUCUACAGCUUCUUGCUGAGCGUGUUCCGUAUCAAGAACUCGAGCUACCCUUUCUCACUGCCACCAUUCAUGUGA